AUGGGGGUGCUGAUGUCAAGACGGCAGACGGUGGAGAAGGUGCAGAAGGUCAGCUUGGCUGUGUCAGCUUUCAAAGAUGGGCUGCGGGAGCAGCCAGUAGCACGGAGGAGGGCAGAGGCUGGGGGCGUGCGCCAGGGGACACUGGAGCAGACAGUGCAAGAGGCAGAGGAGGAGGCAUCUGCAGGGCCAUCACAGCCAGAAGAGGUCAGCGCCAGUAAGGCUGCCUGGGAGCGGCUGCGGGAUGGCCGAGGUGUGGAGCCAGAGGAGUUUGAUCGAGCCAACAGGUUCACACCACCCGCCUUCAUUCGGCCCCAGCGAGAGCUGCACGAUGAUGAGCCACUGGACAUCAGCCUGGAGCAGCGGGAGCAGGUCCUCAAUGAUGAGAUGUGUGAGAUCUGUGAAGUGUGGACAGCUGAGAGCCUCUUCCCCUGUCGUGUCUGCAGUCGGGUGUACCAUGAUGGCUGCCUGCGCCGCAUGGGCUACCUGCAGAACGACAGCGCUGUGGAGGUGACAGAGACUGCACAUACUGAGACAGGCUGGAGCUGCUACUACUGCGACAACCUCAACCUCCUGCUGACAGAGGAGGAGAUGUACAGCUUGAUGGAGACCUUGCGGCAGUGCAAGAUCAUCCCAGAAACCUCCCUGACACUGGACGACUUCCUGCACUACAAGCACCUGGUGCACAAGCAGCAGUUUGAGCGGCCUAUGGAGGAGGCACAGGAGGAGCGGGCCACACUGCAGUUCUCUGCCCUGGACCCCGACAAGAAGGGACACAUCGAGUGGCCAGAUUUCCUCUCCCAUGAGUCCAUCCAGCUGCUGCAGAAACUCCGGCCGCCGAACUCCCUGCUGCGGCUGCUGACAGUCAAGGAGCGGGAGCGGGCACGUGCUGCUUUCCUGGCCCUGGACCAGGAUGGCAGUGGCUUCAUUGGGGAGGGCGAGUGCCAUAAGGCCCAGCACGCCUGGUUCCGCAAGCACCAGAAGGAGACACCAUCCUGCAGUGUCAGCAUCAGCCAUGUUGGGCCCAUGUCAGAGAGCAGCCCAGCCAGCAGCGGCAGUGGCAAGAGCCGGGAGAAGACACUGCUGGAGUCGGAGCAGGAGGAGGCCAGGUCCAUCGACUGGCCCAGAUUCCUGCGGGAGAAUGUCGCCUACAUCCUGGCAGCCCGUCCCAACAGUGCUGCCAUCCAUCUGCAGCCGCCGGCCUAG